AUGUUCUUGACGCCAAAGGUACUACCACUUUGGGUGCUCAUCGUCACCACACUGACGUUCUACACACUUCGUGCGAAUGACCCAGUCAAUCUAACACAAUACCAAGAUAAGUUGUACGGUGUGCCGCUUUCGACGGUGUGUCUUUUGCCGCUUCUGCCGUUUUGUGUGUGGGGGUGCUACGAGGUCAUCCGCACGGUGGGACCGAAAGGCUCAAGUGUGGCCAUUGAGGUCUACGACUGA